AUGCAGCAGCCACCACCCACAACUCCCGUUCCUGCAUAUACUUACCCGACUUACGCCUAUCCCCCUGGGACUCCGGGAUACUCUUAUGCAUAUCCAUAUACCUACUAUGCCCAGCCACAACCAGCACGAGCUCCAGUGCCAACUCCCAAACCUGUUGUCCCCGCUACCCCUCAAAGAACCGUGGCUUUUGAUCCAAAUGCGAGUGCAGCGGCAGCAGGAACCGGUGGGGCAGCUGGUCGAGGGUCUCGCAAGCAAACGAGUGUGAGGGGAUUGUUCACAAAAGAAUUGAAAAACCUGAUGUAUGGAUUUGGAGACGACCGUAACCCAGCGAACGAUACGGUGAAUGUAAUGGAAGAGAUUCUCAUUGAGUACAUAACGGACGUGUGCCAAACGGCCGCGGCGGAGAACAAACGGGCACGAUUGUCGAUUGAGGACCUCCGGAGAGCGUUAUCUCGACCAGCGGAUGCGAAGAAAUUGGCCCGGAUGGAGGAGUUGCUUUUUAUGCAGGAAGACAUCAAGCGAGCAAGAGCCCAAUUCGAGGAAAACAUGGAUCAUCCGCGCGAAUUUUGA